AUGGAUCAAAGCGAGGAGAGGUUAAUGGACGAAGUCCGAAAAUAUGUACAUUUGUACGAUUCCUUGUCACCAUACUAUAAAGACUGCCAAAAGGCAUCAAUUUCGUGGAAUGAAAUUUCCAAAAACAUGGGUCUGGACAUCACGGAAUGCACAAAAAGAUGGAAAAACUUAAGGGACAAGUAUGUCCAAGCCCGGAAAAAACUCACCAAGAAGAGCGGGGACCCAGCCGGGAAAAAAAUGGCAUUUUAUUUGCCUUUUUCUUGGCUGGCACCACAUAUUAAGCACUGGGAAACAGAAUCAAAUUAUGACAACAGCAAGGAUGGAAAUGAUUCAACCUCAGGGUUGUCCAGUUCCUCAGUUGCUGAGGAAAACCAACCACCAGACAUUCCAACUUCAAGUGCAGAAUCAUCAUCAAGUAGUGAGCCAGCUCCUCUGCCCCCCGCGCCUGCUCCUCCGACCCCCGCGCCAGCUCCUCUGACCCCACGCCUGCUCCUCCGACCCCCGCGCCAGCUCCUCUGCCCCCCGCGCCUGCUCCUCCGACCCCCGCGCCAGCUCCUCUGA